GAAAACAGAAGACUUCCACAACACAAGAAGAUGGCAAUCAAAGUCCAGAAAUUUUAACCUCUUCCGAAUUUCUAUUACAAGCUCCCUUUCUUUGGCAGUAAACGCUCGGGAACCGAACAUCACGUGACAGUUUCUCAUCUCGGUCGCCCACCUCACGGACCUAUCAAUACGACGAUUGAUGACAAACCUUAACAUAAACUACAACAGUUUUUUGGCUCUUGAAAUACGAAUUUAGAUGUGAAUGAGUGCCGUUGGUGAUAUCUUAAUAAUUAGAUUUUGGUCAGCCAUUUAUUUCGUCAUUCGCGUCAAUGGAUAGCCCAGAAACUCCGCCUAGAUGGUCGUGCCAGUUCCAGGGUUGUACGAAAUCGUUUCAGCGGAAGGAGCAUUUGACUCGACAUCAAAAAUCACAUUCUAAUUCGUCUCCAGCACAUAUUUGUAGAAUAUGUCAUAAAGAGUUUUCUCGUAGUGAUGGACUGCAGAGACAUCUUGGACGUCACGGGCAACAGUUCAAGAAACCUACCGGUCGAAGCAGGAGGGCAUGCGCGACUUGUCAUUCCAGUAAAAUCAAAUGCGAUGGAAAUGAUCCAUGUUCCAGAUGCGAGAAGAAGAACAUUUCCUGCAAGUAUGGGUUGCGGCAAGAGUUGCCUGCUAUAAUCAGUAGGCAAGAUGAAGCCCCCAAUGAUGAUGUGAGCGAUUGGGAAGGUUCGGAAUCUUCAAUGUCCGAAAAUGUACGAGGGGAUCAGAUGUCCGUUGAAAGUCCACAGUCUAGUCAGGUACCUAAUCCUGACGAGAUAUUUGUUACAAAUCAAAUAUCUAAUGAGGCUUACGCACUCAACUCCGGCCAGUAUUCCCGUUCGAAUCAAACGUUCAACUCUAUUCCAACACACAACCCUUCACAAGAGGCACAUGAUUCGUCAGUAAGCAGGAAUGUGCUCAACAAUUCGGUUACUUCUGGAAACUCGCCCUCACUAAAUCUGGGACGCAUGCCUCACGGGCUUGUCGAUUGGUUAAAUGUCAGGAUUCAACAAGAUGUUCCUCAAAUCCGAGAGGCGCCCCGAAAUACCUCUCUUCCCAUAUCUAAGCUCAAUUACCUGUGUUCGCUUGCCGAAGAAACUGUUGAGAGAUAUCGUUCUCUGUACUUCGCCAAUUUCCACGACCGUUGGCCCAUAAUCCAUUCCCCAACUUAUGAAGAAGAUGAAGAGGCACCUGAGCUUCUGCUCCCAUCUAUAUUGAUGAUUGGAGGUUGGGUUGACGGAACUCCAAGCUCGAGAGAUUGGGCUUUGAAAGUUCACCAUAAUUUGGUAGAAUGUAUUAUCCCACGUUUAUGCCAGCUGAAGGAUAUAGAUACAAUGACACAGAAUCUGCCUAUAGUUUUAUAUCAGUGCACAUUGUUGAAUAUUAUUUUGGCAUCAUACUGUGGGAAGCGUGAGGUUUUGAAAAAAGGUCUGAUUUUACGCAGCCUCCUAGCUGCCUCUAUAUACGAAGGUGGAAUCUUAACACCUGGGACUAUCUAUACCGACGAUAAGCCCGGGUUUUUUCUGCCACUUUAUUCGGUUAGACAUCAACAAAGAAAGAGGAUCGCAGUUGGUCUCUUCAAAAUUGACACAUAUUUCAGUGCCAUAACCCUACAGCUAGGAUUACUCAAGCCAGAAGAGCUAUACUUUAGUAUUCCAGACACCAUCGCGCUUUGGAACGCCGGAGGAAUUCAUCGUUGGGAGGCCCGUCAAAUGAAUGAGCCGAAAUCUAGAAGCUAUCGUUCAAUCAAUGUAAUGCUUGAAGGAAUAGCUCUUGGAGGAAUUGAAUUUCCACAAAAUGAGUCUAUGUUAGAAGAUAUCCAGAUUUGUCUUUGGGCUAUGCAGUCAGAAAUUUUGCAGCUUUUAAAGCAAGGUCAGCCUGGGAUGCGGAAUGAAAUAAGUCUAAGCAUUCAAAGACAAUCACUUAAACGCCAAAUGGAAGCUCUAAAACGUGGGUUCUCAAAUCUUUCUGCGAAACUAUCGUGCCCCAAUGUAUUUGACCAAGCAGAUCAGUCUCCAGUAUGUUACUACUAUGGACUUGAAGACCAUGAUAAGCCCGGAUGGCAAGACAUAGUUUCCCGACGUAUCAAUUGCUUUAUAUUCGACACGUCUAUCCUUCAUAAUCUGAUGAAUCUACAAGUAUUCACCGAGACUCAGACUAUUAGGAUGCUCGCCAAAGAUCUAGCACUGUCUGAUGAAGUUCGAGGAGUCUUUGGAAAGAUAUAUUCUGAACCCCAUACUAGACGUGUUGCGGCAGCACGCGCAUGGACACAAGAGCCUAGCUCUCGGCGAGCGUUGUGGCACGCAACUGAAAUUCUCCUGAGCCACAAUGCACUCAACCAAACACCGUCUCUCGCCAACUUCAUCCCCGAACCAAUUUCAUACAUAGCUUUAGCAUCUGCAGCAUUAGUUAUUUGGACCCAUUGCAUGUACGGACAAGAAGCAUGCAACGAUUUAUUACCUGCAUCAAUGCUCCCUCACGAAGUGAGUAUGUCUAUCGAGUUGACAAAGCUAAGCGAAGUGAUGAACGGCUCCUUGUAUGAUGAAAAAGGAAAGGAGGUUUGGAUUGAAGGGGGUGCUUAUUUUAGAGCUUCGAUUGAGAAUGUUCAAUUGUGUAGUUGCAAUGUUGGGAUUUUGAUAGAUAAGCUUAGGGCUCAUAUACCGCGUGGUUGGGAGAUUAUGGAUGAGAUUGCACCAAACAUCUUCGGGAAGCUCGAUGGUCAAGAAGCUGCUCAAAUGGCUUCAUAAAGCUUUAAGCAUCCAGAAUCUGAAGUCCGUCAAUUCGAUUCGUACAAGACACUUUCAAUAUAUGAUAUCUCACCCACGGUCAGCGUGCCAAAUAACCUGAAAUUGCCAAUCAGGAGGGACUUUUGGUACCCCAAACAAUUUCGAUCUUUCAGAUAGAUUCAAAUUGCCAAUUGGAUAAUCAAUGGAUUAGGUUAGUCUCCGAAUGUGAUCUUGAUGUACAGCAUUGUGUCA